AUGAUAGCUCAAGACUUCCUAAAAAAAGAUGAUCGUGGCUUUACACCGACUUCCUCAUCAAAAUCAGCAUUUUAUUUUGGUCUGUUGAUAAUUGCUAAAUUUCUUCGUUGCUCUGGAGUGUUUAUUAUCGAUGUAUUGGCUAAACAAAUCCAUGUCGUUAGCUUGCUGUGGCUAUUUAAAUUAGUUGCUUCAUGUGUUCUUGUGCCAUUCCAAAAGCCAUUCAGUCAUGGAAAGUCACUGAAAAAGACUAUUGUUAGGAUAGCGCAGCUAUCGAUAUGCAAUUGCUUGAUAGAAGUGAUAUGGUUUUAUGGUAUAACAUUUUGUGGACCACUGAGAUCUAUAUUAGUAUUUGAGCAAAGCUCAUCAGUCAUUAUCGUUGCGUUGUUAACAUUAUGGAAAGGAAGUGGGUCACCAUCCAAAACUCGUGGAGUUAUUGCUUUAGGACUGGGUUAUCUUUCUUUAAUUUUGGUGGAUAGCGAUGCUACUGUCGAAACAGAUCAUAAGACAUCGCAUGGCCACCAGAGUGUUUUGAAUCAUCUAUUCUAUCAUUUCAUCCAUAAUUCAGGAGUUUCUGAUCACAAGGGAGGUAUUCUUUUGCUGUUAUUUGCGAUUUUUAUAAAAAUGGCUUAUGAUUCGUCUUUUCGCCACUUAGCAGUUGAAAUCGGAGGCCCAAAAAGACUUUACUCGUUAAUAACACUUUUCUCGGCGAUAUUUUUGGCACCAGUCGCAAUUCUUGCUUUCGUUAUGGGAAAGACAUAUGCCUUUAAUUUUGUUGAUUUUAUACUCUUAUUAUCAGCGGGAUCACUGUUUGUAAUGGUUUUUGAUUUCUACACGGAGUCAUUUUGUUUUCAGCAUGUGGCUGAUCCAGUGUUAUCAUCAGCGCGUUGGAGUCCGAUGAUAAUGUUUGUUUGUGCCUUUGUAUUUGCUUCAGCAUGGUAUACUGAUGAUGAUAUACCUAACUCUCAUGUCAUAUCCGGUGGAGUCUUAUUGACAUUAAUUUGUUUCGUUAUUGCUUGUUUUACAUUGACAUCGUCAACGAAUCCGCGUUCAAGGGGGGGGUAUUACGUUGGCUUAUCAGAUAGUGGAGUACCGCUAUAUACGUAUGGAGAAGCAUUCUUGCAGAAAACAUCAAGAUCUGUAAUGUUGUUGAUCAAAGAUACUCUGGCAGAAAUUUUAGCUAGUACGGAUUCGCGUAGAAUUUUUUGGUUCCUCUGUGCCAAUUUGGUAUCAUUUUGUGGCAUUGAAUUCUUGUAUGGAUUUUGGACAAAUAGCCUUGGAUUAAUAUCAGAUGGAUUUCAUAUGCUUUUUGAUUGUUCUGCGCUUGUAAUGGGCCUUGUUGCUUCUGUAAUGUCGCGUUGGCCAUCUUGCAAAAAUUAUUCUUAUGGAUAUGGGCGAGUCGAGGUUUUAUCUGGAUUUAUAAAUGCAUUAUUUCUCAUCGUGAUUGCGUUUUUCAUAUUUCUGGAAGCUCUGCAGCGCUUGUUUGAUCCUCCAGAAAUUAGUACUGAUAAACUGAUGAUAGUGGCAUUUGCUGGUCUUAUAGUGAAUAUUUUUGGUAUGUUUGCAUUUCAUGGUGCAACUCAUGGGCAUUCUCAUGAAGGAGGUGAAGGAAAACACAUACAUGGCGAUGCUCAUUUCCAUAUGCAUGCACAUGGUCAUAGCCAUGACAGUGCCAAUGCUAAUAUGCAAGGCGUUUUUCUUCAUGUUCUUGCUGAUACCUUAGGUUCCGUGUUCGUAAUAAUUAGUACUCUCAUGAUUCAAUAUUUCGGUUGGACUUGGGUUGAUCCAUUAUGUUCUUUAAUUUUAUCAGUACUUAUUGUUGGUUCAGUAACACCACUGUUGAAGCAAUCGAUGGCAACGUUGAUGCAGAAUAUACCACCAGAAACAGAACAAGAGUUUGAGCAUCUUCUUCAUGAGAUUACGAACAUAGAAGGUGUUUUAUCGUAUUCGAAUGUUCACCUUUGGCAACUCAAGUCUCUUCUCAAUGUUGCAUCUUUACAUGUUCAGAUAAGUAAUGAUGUGAAUGAUCAAGUUGUGCGUUUGAAAGUGUUAAAACUUUUGAAAUCAAUUAAUAUAACUCAAGCAUCUAUUCAGGUCGAGAAGGAAAAUUUCUUCCAUCGAAUACAUAGUCUUUGUCCUUCAUAUAAAAUUCCUCAUCGUAUAACAAAAGGUAUUUUUUUGGGUCACAGUCGUAAGCCUAUUGAUUGUUCCUAUCGCAAUGAAGAAGUCCGAAAAUUACAAAAUGCAUCAGCAAAACUUGCAAACUGA